AUGGAAUCUCAUCAACAAAUUACCCAGCUAUUGUAGACUUAGCAAAACAAAAAUGAGGCAGAUGAGCUUUAAAAUAAAUUUGAAAACUUCAAUAUUGAUUCCACAGCAAAUACAGUAGCAAGUGGGAUGCAGACGGAUUAUACAGCAGAUAUGAGUACUCAUGAUGAAGAGACUAAAGAUAGCAGUAAGACAGCUGCCAGCAAGAAAAAGAAAAAGAAGCCAGCAGCUAAAGGUGCUACUGUUGCAAAUGAUGGUCCUGCUAGUAACUUAAGAAGCCGAAUGAAGGAAUAUCAGAACAAUAAAGCUCCUGUAAUGGUAAAGCCAAAGGUAGGAGUAGUAUUCGAUGAAGAGAUGCUAUUGCACAAAAAUCACAGAGAUCAUCACCCUGAAAGACCUGAGAGAGCUAUGGCUAUCUAUUUAAAUCUAAUAAAUAAAGGGAUUUACAAGGAACUAAAGCCAUUAGAUGCUGAACCAGCAGAGGAUAGAUUUCUAGAAUUGGUUCAUCCUCAUUCGCAUAUUCAAAAGAUAAAAGAAAUUAUUUAUGACCCUAAGCAGAAGGAAAAGGAAAUACUGCUAGGAUCACAUAAAAACACAUUUAGAUUCUAGAAAGACACCUAUGAGAAUAAACACACUGCGACUUCAGCUUACUUGGCAGCAGGUGGAACGAUAGAGGGUGUUAGAGCAGUUUUGAACCAUGAAGUAGAUUCGUCCUUUUGUAUAGUCAGGCCUCCAGGUCAUCAUGCUUCCUGCUAAAAUGUUGCAGGCUUUUGCUUCUUCAAUAACGCAGCUGUAGGAGCAAGAUAUGCUUAGAAGGAAUUCGGUCUUAAGAGAGUUGCUAUCUUUGAUUGGGAUGUGCAUGUAGGAGAUGGAACUAGUGAUAUCUUUAAGGAAGAUGACUCUGUACUCUACAUGAGUAUACAUAGAUUCGACAAUGGAGCAUUUUACCCUGGCCCAGCUGGCAAGCACGACAAAGUUGGAGAAGGCAAAGGUAGAGGUUACAAUAUUCAGUUUCCAUUUAAUGUUGACAAAUAAAACAAGACACUUGUAAGCGAUACUGAUUACAUUUACGCACUAGAAUAAGUUUUCAUUCCAUUAAUUAGAGAAUUCAAGCCAGAACUGUUUAUUAUUUCAGCUGGUUUUGACUCUGCCUUGGGAGAUCCUCUUGGUCAAAUUGGAGUCACGCCACUUGGAUAUGCCUAUAUGACUUAGUAAUUUAGGUAGCUUUGCCCUAAGGUUGUAGUAGUUUUGGAGGGAGGCUAUGAUUUACAUGCUCUGAGUGUAAGUUCCGAGGCAGUGGUCUAGAUGCUUCGUAUACAUCCAAAUGAUGGAGUAGAGGUAGACAAGUACUUGAAUGAAUUAUACUAUGAGAACUUAAAGAAUGAAGGCAAAGAUGAUUAGAUGAAUGUAGAUGGGGCAAUUUAAAUGGGAAUGGAGCAACUAAGAAUUAAGAGUUUGCUGCAUCCAAGAGAAUCCUUCAAGUAAACUGCAUCUAAUCUUGCUAAGAAGUUACUCAAGAACUGGCCAAUGCUGGAACAUCUGAUUGUAGAGAAAAUCAGAAGAAAAUCUAGUGCAGUCAAGAGCGAUUAAUCUAGUGAUGACAAUGAUAGCAUAGGAGGAAUUGGCACAAUGGGGCAUCUAAAGAAAAAGGGAAGAUCUUACAGCCACUAGGUUGAGGAUCCUAUAGAAGAAGAAAAUCAAUCUUGA